GGGAAGUCGACAUCGAAGGCUAUAACGGCGGCAUUAAGAGGGAUGACUCGCGAUUAUUCGUAGCAGGCUCAUUUGUCGCCCGCAUUCAGCCGGAUCCUGGCCCGUCUCUUGCUCAGUUGCUCCAUUCAGUGUUGCUGGGCACAGGGCCGGGCAGGGCAACUGUUCAUGGGAAAAAGUAGAAUCGGGGUUGAGGAGAGGUGGAUCUGCGGAUGUAGUAAAAAGAAAAAAAGGGCAAAAAACCUGUCAACUCAUUACCAAAUUACAAACAGAGGAAAACGAAAACACAAAAUUUCCCAUGCGGCCUCGCUUUCUCUCUUUCUCCCUCUCUGGUUGAUUGAUUCAUUCUCCUUCUCUCCUUUCUUCCUUUUCUCCUCCCAGGGCAAGGAUCAGACCAACCCGCGGACCCCUCAAAGCCAGCCUGCCAGCCUGCAACCUGAACGCAUUCCCGCUCCUCCCUUUGUUCGAGGACAGCUCCAUCAUUCUUGGAACCUCCAUCCAUACGACUACCACCACCACUCCUCCUCCUCCUCCUCCCUCCCUCCCUCCCUCCCUCCUCCCUCGACUCCUCCUCGGUCUUCCUCCCUCUCUUUCUUCAUCUCCUUCCUCGCCGACCUGCCGGGUACAUCCGUCUUUCAGUUCCCAACACAAUCCUUCGGACUAUGUGCUAGGGUCCUCCCUGUGGCCAUCCCAAUCGUUCCUUCGAGGGGCUCCCUCUGUCUGCUUGCCUGACACUACUAGCUUGGCUUCAAUGACCCUGUGGAGGCUUACAUUCGUCGGCACCGUGAUCCCUACCGAACCCCUCCCCUCCCACAUUCCUGACGGCUCCGAAGUAUCUGGACGGUCGACAAGAGGGUUGCCUGGCAGCUUGUAUUGAAUGGUUGCUGGGAUCACGACGUUGCUGACAUGAGUUGGGACCAGCCUGUUCACAGGUAUGUCCGCUGUCUUUCCUAC